AUGUAUCGCACUCUGCCCCCUCUUACUGCAUCUGGCCCUUGCCUUUGUGGGAACCGGGCCCUCGCCUUCGUGGGAACGGGCCCCUUGCUGCGUGCUGUAACUGCUCUGCACCAUCGCAGCUCUCAGAGAGAGGCGCAGAAUGCAGGUGAGACCACUAAAUUAUCAUUGAAAAGAGAAAUAUAUGUGGAGGAAGAGCUCUACUGUGAAAUUCAUAUAAAUAUUAAUCAACUUUUGACAUGCAGGAAAGUAAAGGAGAACUUUGAAAACAUAGAACACAUCCACUCUGGAAAAAAUAUGAUAUAUAUCACCUGCCAUCUGAAGGUCAUCCUCGCUGAGCAGGACCCAGAUGAACUGAACAAAGCUUGUUCCUUCAGCAAGUCUUCCAACAGCUGGUUCCCAGUGGAAGGCCCAGCUGACAUCUACCAGUGCUGUAGCAAGGGUGACUGUGGCACUCCAAGCCAUGCCAGAAGGCAGCCCCACGUCGUGAGCCUGGGGUCCAGUUCGUCUGUCUGUAACCACAGGCAUGUGACAGAAGAAGCAGACGUCAGUGUGGGGCUGCUGAUCUUCCUGGACAGGACUGGUGACCACGAAAUGGAGCAGUGGGCCUUGCCGGCUGACACCUCCUUGCUGCUGCUGGGCACAGGCCUGGCUCUGGUGGCAUUCCUGACUCUGACCGCUGUUAUCCUGGUUGUCACCAGGAGGUGUCACACGGCCUCCCACCCUGUGUCUGCUUCCCAAUAA